AGUAGAUUUGUGGCAGGGCACAUCCGGAACGGAGGAAGGCGUUGGAUCUAAAUAAAUAUUAGGCUAUGACUGUAUUUAAUUUAUAUAUAUUUGGCAGAAAUGGAAAUUGUCUUUAUUAUACGGAAUGGAAUCGCAAACAACAUUUGGACAUGGAAAAAGAUCAGGAGUAUAAACUGAUGUAUGGAAUGAUUGUGUCCAUCAAAUCUUUUGUCAGCCGCAUUUCACCAUAUGAUAUGAAAGAUGGCUUCCAAACAUUCAAGACAAACAAAUACAAGCUCCAUUUUUACGAGACACCCAGUGGGUUGAAGUUCAUCAUGAAUACAGACUUAAGUGUCCCCAAUAUCAAAGAUGUCCUGCAACAGAUUUACAGCUCAAUAUAUGUUGAAUACGUGAUAAAGAAUCCACUCCAUGUGCUAGGGGCACCCAUCACAAGUGACUUGUUCAAGACCAAACUCGAUGACUAUGUUCGAGGGCUGCCCUUUUUUCCAGUCAAAGUUUCAUAACAAACAACCAAAUAAAAUUUAUAUUUGAUGUAGAGGAGAAAUGUUGUUGACACUCCAUUUUGGCUGAAUAUGAGAUGUCUUCAGGGCUAGCUCUGGGGGAUCAGAACAUUUUGCCAAAUUAUCUUUAAAAAAUGCAAAACCUACAGCUAUUUUCGACAAAAAUAUAAAUUAUAAAACAAUAUUUUUUCGCCAAAUUAAAAUAAAAUUCGCCAUUUGUUGUCAAAAUUCGCAGUUGGUGAAUUUGGCGAGUGGCAGAGCUAGCCCUGUGUCUGGCUUUAUUCUUUAAGUGUCACAGUUAAUUUUCGUGAUGUACAUUAACAUGGUCCUGCCUAGGAAUGGGCAAGUGGUGGAAAUGACAUUCUAUAGGCAGGCUGGUGUAAAAUUCAAGACUUUUAACGUCAAACCUGGAAGAUGAAGAAGUGGGAGGUUCCUGAUCAGUCUGGAGCUCAGACUUCUUGGACUCAUUUGGUUCAGGGCAACACUUCUGUUGGGGGAUCCCCAUACACUAAAGAAUUCUAGUACCGGUAUUUGUACAGUCAAUCUGAUAAAACACACACACACACACACAGAGUUAAAAUUUGACUAUUGGAUGUCAAACAUUCAGUAAUAGCGACAUAUAGUCAUCAGGGUUUCUGCCAGAAAAAACAUGAUUGGGGGGAUCAGACCGGCAGAGGGGGCUUUGCCCCCGACCGUGCCCCAUAGGUGCAUUGUGGGGGGGGGGGGGUCUGGGGGCAAAACAGCUAGAUAAUUAACAUUAGCUAAUUAACAUAUUCUCUCUACCUAGCAUUUUCUUAGAAAAUGUUAUGCUAAGAGCUAAAAAUUAUCUUAAAAACCCCACUGCUCUGCAGAUUGAUGGGUGGGAUAUCUCCCCACAUGUCAAAAUCAUGGGGGGGGAUUAUCCCCCCCUCUGUAUGAAACCCUGGUCAUAGAGAGGAAUCCCGCUACAUUUUUCGAUUGGUAAUGAGGGAUCUUUUAUAUGCACCAUCCUGCAGAUGGCCUUUGAUAUACCAGUCAUGGAGCACUGGCUGGAACGAGAAAUAGUACAAUGGGCCCACCAACGGGGAUCGAUCCCAACAGACCGCGCAUCUGGCGAGCACUUUACCACUGGGCUAUGUCCCACCCUCUAAAGAAUUCUAGUAGUUGUAAGAUCAAUCUGAUAAACACACACACAUACAGAGACUGACCUGCUGUGGCAUAGAGACCUGGUCUAACUCUGACUUUAUUUAUUUUCUUCUAUCCCAGUGCCCCCUUUUCUUUCUCUCCUUUGAAUUCCAUUCAAUAUCUUCCUGAUCUGGCAGCUCCUCCUAUGUUUCAACUUCUUUUGCUGUCCACAUCCCAGUCCUUGUCUAGUGUAAUGUUUUUUUUUUUUUUUUUUUUUUUUCCCAGUGCCCCCUUUUCUUUCUCUCCUUUGAAUUCCAUCUCAUUUCUUACCGAUCUUACAGUUCCUCCUAUGUUUUAACUUCUUUCACUGUCCACCAUCACAUUCCACUCGUCUCUCCAACCGCAACAUUUUCUUGUCUCUUGUGGCUAUCCAUGCCAUGCACCUGCCAAUUCCCAUCAGCUGGCUUUAUUACACGGACAUAGUAUUAUAAAUGGUGGUUGACAGCAAUGCAACUUUAAAAUGACCGAUGGACCCAACCAGUGCUGGCCACUGAGUAGAACACUUGACAUGGUGGAAUCUGGUCUAAAUGGAAUUGCCAUCACCAUCGGCCUAAUGUGAAGAUUGUCUGGCAUGGUGAUUAUGUGCAGACUAUAUUUUUAACCAUGUGCUCAUUCACAAAUCUAUAAACAUUGCUACAAGUAGGAACUAGGGAUGUGGUGGAGAGACAGGACUGUUGACCAUUGUAAACUUUUGCCAGUCUAUAAAUAGUAUGCUGGAGGGGGGGGGGGGGCGGUUUGAUAAAAGCAAACAUUUAGAAAAAAAAUGUUGAUGAAAUAUUCCUUACAAAAUGAAAAUUUAUAGUGUUUGAUUUUUUUAGGGGGGUGGGGGUACCAAAAAAAGGAGAAAAGAGUAUGGUUUGUAAAUUAAAUUGUAUGCUAAUAAAAACGUUAAUAAUUGUGGAUGGCCCCUAAACAAAAUAACUUUUAGAACAUCUGAAAAUUGUCGUUGAAAACAUCACCAUUUUGUUCCGUUUCUAAAACACAUUUGAUGACAUCCAAAGAAAAUAUUUAUAUGAGAAGAAUUUCUCCACAACUCCUAAAUAACUUGUGUCUACCCUCCAUCAGCUCUCGCACUUAAAUAUCAUUCCUGGAGGUCCAGCAUGCAAAUACAUAUUUAACAUUAAAACUGUGCGUUGAUUCUGUAUAAUGACAUGUACAUUAUGAUGUAACAAGAGCAUAUACACCGUCCUGGUUGUACCCAAAUGUUUUGUUUUAGAAAAACUUCUAAUUGUGCUGACAAAUACAAAAUGUUUGCUUAAGCAGCUCUAAAUUUUCUUUUUUAAUAAUAUGUUGGGUUUUUUUUGGUUUAAAAUGUUAUAAAAGUUGGUACGAGUUUAAAACUUAAUACAUGUACUAUGUUUUUAUACAAGUUUUAGACGUUUUCAGUGUAACUUACGUGUGUAUCCAAUUCAUUCAUUACCAUUGGAAGUAGUUGUGGAUGUAUCAUUAUUAUCCCAAAUAAUUAACAAAGAUAAAA